AUGUCGUCCCUCUCCGGAGAUGUAUCCGUCUCAGAUACCACGCAAUCACUCCCGGGUUGGGUCUACAUUACAGCACGCCCGGGACACUUCUCUACUUCACUACUGCCACCCCAAGUCGAGACUGUGAUAGUUAAGCUUGAAUUGACCAACGCGACAAAGAUCGUCACCGAAACGUCAACCCUGCAGCCGACUACUGAAGUGGUUGUUGCUGCAGAAUCCAUCACACCGAUCGCGGCAGCGGCAAACUCGACGAAUGACGAUCGUGUCCUGUCCCCUGGCGCGAUAGCGGGCCUCGUCAUCGGUUCCGCCUUGGCAGGUGUUGUUGUGUUCUGCUUGGCGUGGCUUUGGUUCGUUUGUUGGAAAAGGAGGCAACGACAAAAGAAGAAUGGCGAGACAGGGACCCGGCACACAUUUGACCCCUGGCUGCUGAUUAGGGGCUCUGGUAAGAGGCCUAUGGAGGUCGGCACUUUCGACCAAACCCGGGUGCAUACAGGCUUGGUUCCCCGCGGUUCGGCCGCGGAUGACAAGUUGGUGGUAGCUGAGGGGGAAAUAGGUGGAGGCCAGACGCUGUCUUCAAUGAGGCGAGAAAAUGUAGUACCAUGCUAUGCGCCCGGUCGAGAUCUCCGACCGCAAGAAGAUACCAGGCCCACGGUGCCAUCGCCAUCAAUACCACACCCAUCAUUGACGGAAUCACAACGUGGUAGCGACGCAGAUCCAGUCAGCCCCAUGUCUCCCAGAAGCACCAUUUCAGUAGCCGACAGCUUUAUUUCCAGCCACAGAAACACCAACAGCAGCCCGGAUGGGAAAACCAUAACGCGUCAAAUUCAGAACAUGCACUCUCUGCCCGAGUCCCACGAGCUGGACGGCAGUGAGAUCUUCACGACGGCCGAGAACCCAGACACCCGAGGACACGGCUUUAUCAUAAGGACAGCGGGGCUAAGUCCACCACCUCUAUUGCGAGUAUCUCCGCCUGUGGAUGAUUUCAGACAGCCCCAAUCGCCCUUCACCUCCUGGGCAUAUGAGCCUGUCGAGUCGGCGGCGGCAAACUCCCGGCGCCACAGCCCCUACAGGGCAGUAAAUCCCGCCUUGCACCAUGGAGGUAGUCGAGAAGAGCAAUACUCGCCAUCGUCGUUGCACAACCCCCAGGACCAACGCGUGGAUUCGUCAGGCCACCGUGCCACGCUUCGGGCUACCCCGAAGGAGGUCGAGAACGGUGUUCACGCGGGAAGUUGGUCUGACUUGAGCCUGGUUGACUGA